AUGGACGAUACUUUCCCUGUCCAAGGGGUAUGUGAAGUCAAGGAGAAGAUCAACGAAACAUGUAUGGAAUUUGAUAAUUACUAUAUGUGUGAUAAAGCCGGAAUGAAGCGAUUUGGUAGCAAGGUGGGAGAGGACGUGGUGAUUGACUCACUACUAGGUCCUAUCGAAUCUCAUACCUCGUCCCUAUGUACCCUGGGGACCUGGGAACAAUCCAAAACUCCAAAAGCCAUUUCUCAUGUCCUACCUAGCAAACGGAAAGGAAUACCUACCGAACUCCCUGGGACAUGUACAGAUCCCUUCCCUCCCCCUUGA